AUGAAAGGCUCGCUGACAGCCUGCAAGGCGACGCCGCGGGAACGGCCGCAGAGGACGGCUGCGCUGAGCACAGACCCCACGGUGCUGGGCAAGUACCGCGCCGGCUUCAGUGAGUGCAUGAACGAGGUGACACGGUUCCUCUCCACCUGCGAGGGCGUCAACACCGAGGGGCGCACCCGGCUCCUGGGCCACCUGGCCAGCUGCAUGACUCAGAUCAAUGCCAUGAACUACCCUCCCGGCCCCCCCUUCCCCCCGGGGGUGGCUGUCCUGCCCCUGUAGGGCGGCCCACCCACGGCUGCCACUGCUGCCUCGCCGCCUGGCCCGCCACCUGGCACAGCCGACUCGGUCUGGAGACCCUGGUGAGGGUGGCAGGCACCGGACUGGACUUGAGCACUACACCCCGUGCUGCUGGCACGGCUGUACAUAGGUUAUAUGUUCAUAUUGGAUUGUGCCUUUGUACCAUAGCACUCCCUUGACAGUGUUUCGUGUUUUACACGAGAUCUUUUUUGUCCCUUCCCUCCCCUUCCUUAUGUGACACCAAAGAUCGGGGUUUUUUUUUUUUUUUCUUUGAAUGCUCUUAAAAUAAAAGUGUCCCUUCCAUUUUGGAAGGCCUUUGGAGAUAAGUUGGACUGCUGGUGUGUGUGCAUAGGAAGGAGCGCAGCUCCUGGCUUGCUCCUGGCUGCCUGUGGAUGCUGCUGCUCCAGGGCUGCCCUGUCCUGCUCUCCAGGCUGGAGCUGUCACUCAGACCCUCUGUCCCCUCUUCCCUGCCCCGGGGCAGAUGUAAUUACUGCUUCCUUGGGAGCAGCUCAACUGAUCAGACUUGUUAAAAAGAGCUUAUG